AUGUCUCAAGACACCGACCUCGCCUCGUCGUCUUUCCACGGUAGCUACGGUCUAGACCUCUUUCCGUCUGACCUAGAGUCCAGUCAGCAAACCAUUGAAUCAACACCAGCCUCCGAACUAUUACAUCCUCUGAUCUCCUCCUCCCUUGAGCGAUUCGGAAACGACUGGAUUGUUUACUCCGAAAUGAGCAAAGAGGAUUUUAUUUUCUGGUGGCUUCAAACUAUCCACGGAAAUGAGCUUCGUGAAAGGAAUAAGAGCUUCUGGGAUCGAUCCCGAAGUCAUUCAGAGGCAUGGAAUAGCUUUAAGCAGGUAGCUCAUACUGUGACUGGGGACCCAAAGAUAGUAUGCCAAAAAUGCGGUCAGCUUCUUGAUCAUCCAAGCCGCAAGUUGAAUGGAACUACCCCAAUGGCAAGGCAUCUCAGAGGAGAGAAGUGCCAGAGACUUAGCAAUCGGGUUGCCGGAAAUAGCUCUCUUCAAGAACUUUUUGCCCGCCAGGCGCGCGAUUAUCCAGCCCACGAGAAACGCGAGUCUUUUACAAAAGAACUAUGGCAGCAAGAUAUCCUCACAGCUAUUACUGGUCUACGACUCCCUUUCCUGAUCAUCGAAAACCCAUUAUUCCAGAGGUUACUUCAGCGAGCCCAGUCGUCCCCUUUGCCUCUUGAGUUCCCUUCGGCAAAAACAAUACAGUGCCGGCUUCGAGAUACAGUUCAGGAAAGACACCAAUGUGUACUCAAGAAGCUACCCGCCGAGGCCAAAAUGUCUAUUGCACUAGACUGCUGGACCUCUCCUUUUCAACAAGCAUUUAUGGCUAUCACUGGCUACUUUAUUGAUGAUAAAUGGAAAUACCGUGAGCUUCUCCUCGGGUUUGAACCACUUCAUGGGUCCCACACUGGCGUUAAUCUUGGUACCGUUCUUUUUGAGGUUCUUCAGCGAUAUCAAUUGGUUGAACGAGUGUUGGCUGUGACAACAGAUAACGCUUCAAAUAACCAAACGUUAGUAGGAAGAGUGCAUGAGCAAUUGGAGUCGCUUAAUAUCAGCACUACAACACCGAUUAUCCGAGUUCCAUGUAUUGCUCAUGUUAUUCAACUGAGUCUCAAGAGCCUUCUCGGUUAUAUGAAGCUUGAACCAGUGAAUGAGGCUACACAGAGAGAAUGGUCUGAAAACCAGUCCCAAUCCCUCCGUGCUAGUCAAAGGAAGGGUAUAAUUUCUACCCUUAGCAAGGUUCGGGGCCUAGCGGUUUUUAUUAACGCUAGCCCUCAGCGUCGUGAUACAUUUCGAAGUCUCCAGAUUGAAGGCUCAAAGCUUUUGCCAAUCCAAGAUGUCAAAACCCGCUGGAACUCUACUUUCCUGAUGCUUCGACGCGCAAAGAGACUACAGCUAGUGUUUAACAAAUACUGCUCUGAGAAUCAGUAUGCGCAGUUCACGUUAGACCGGGACGAAUGGCGACAAAUCGACUACCUACUGUGUUUGACCCAACCUUUUUUCCAAUUUACCACUAUUCUCUGCCAAACCAAGGAGGUGACUAUCCAUAUCGUCUUCGAGAUCUAUCACUCUCUUUUUGGGCAUCUUGAAAAAUCGAUACACCAACUUCAACAAAAGAGAGUCCCUUGGAAGCAAUCAAUGCUUUUUGCAAUUCUGGCGGGAAAGGAAAAGCUUGCAGCUUAUUAUGGUAGCACGACUAAAGCCCAUGGUGAUCUUUACGCGAUUGGUACAUUACUUGCACCACAGCACAAAUUGCAGUUCUUUUCGCGUGACGAAUGGGCAGAGAACAAGUUCGCAUCGCGUGAGAGAUAUCGACAAAGUCUUAAAGACUAUGUUCGACCCUAUCACGAGCGAAUGUCCAAUAACCAAGCAUUCUCAAAUAGCCAGGCAUCAUUGGAUCAGGGUUCACAGCUCGCAACACUCAUCGCGCAGGUCGGUUCGAACCGAAAGCCACUACCUCGCCACAAUAACGAGGUUGAGAAUUAUCUUGAGAGUGGCACUACUUCAAUUGAUCCAUGUUCCUUCUGGAAAGGCCAUCAGCACGAAUUUCCGAUGCUCGCAAGCGUUGCACGAGAUGUUCUAUCUAUCCCUGCAACGGGUGCGGGCGUUGAGCGAUUGUUUAAUUCUGCUCGGGAUAUCUGUCACUAUCGUCGAGGAUCACUGAAGCCUACAACGAUACGGGAUCUGGUGAUGUAUAUGUGUGCAACUAAGUUUGACCUCGGGGAGGAAGAACUAGAAACCUUUAGGCAAUCCUUCUCGAGGGAAGAGAGAGAAACGGCGGAUGAAGAGAAGGAUGUCCAGCAUCCACAAGAAAACCUUGAUCCUAUCAGCGAUGACGAGGAGAAUCCACGGAUUGAAUCUAGGGAAGUUGAAAUCAAUGCACAUGUGGCUACUGGGCUAAAUUCUGGCCGGGAGCAGUUGGAUCUUUUACAGGGUUCUUCUAGCGAGGGAGAAGAGGUUUUAGGAAUUACCAGAGAAUCGGGUGAUGAUGAUGAUGCUGGUAGCACGUCCUGGCCGAGCCAGUCGACCAGUAGAACGGCGGGUGACACUGCCCGCCGCGAAAUUUUCUUUAUUUCAAUAAACUACGAGCGACGGCCUGAGCGCUUCGCUGGGGCUGCCACCCCCGGUCACAUCCCUGUACGGAGCUACCAGAUCCGCCAUCUCAGAGUCGUCGUCCGGCAAAACGUCUUUUCACCGGCGACAAGUGAUUGCCUGACUGACGAAGGCGCCAAGUCCUCAAGGAGUCGGCAGACGAAGGAUCACUACAACGACACCCAUAUCGGAGUCGUUGGAGCCGACGAACAAGACCCUCUGAAAACUCAUCUCAACAGCGUACCAGUUACGCUACUACAGAUUAAACGAAUCCAACCUUCAUCAAGACAUCUUCGACCCCCUACUUCAAGGCGUACGCUCAAGAAGGCCGUUAAAGACUUCGUCCGUCAGGCAGGGAAGCUGCCACGCAACCUUUUAGACGGCUUUCCCGAGAGCCCAGAACCUACGCUCCCCGAACAGCUACGGGAGCAGCCAGCUACACUUCCACAACCCCCGGGAACCGGUACAGCUAACGCCCUUACCACCGGCUUUACAACGACCGUCCAUCAUUCUAAGGCCGGGAACGAAUCAUCACUCCAUCUUCGGGCCUCGUCCAACGGCCACAUUUGGCGAAUACCGCGACAAUCCCGGGCCCCGGGCCAUCGUCACCUUCUCCAGCCCCAAGCAACGAACUACCUCUUGAAACAAACGAAGACCGCGCCGACAUCACAGAUCGGCACGUCGACGGAACAUGACGUCGCUACAACAGAUCCCUCAGACAGCUACGGCCUACCCAGGCCGGGUCGCCCAGUCCCAACCGCUGCAGCCGUUAACAACCUUGCCGGUAUAGCAACAACCUUUCCAACACCUUCAGCCAACGGUGGAAGACGUGCCAGUACAACCGAUGACUGGCAUCCAUCAGGACACACCAAGCGAGGUUUCGGACGAAUAGCCCACCGCAUUCCACCCCGAACACCCGCAGGUUGCGCCCCCUUACAACCGACGACAACGGCGGCAAUUCAACCACCUAUACAAUAUGCACCAAUCCCACAAGCAACCGCUCCACCUCUGCCACAUUGGCCAUGGCCGCCAGCGGCUGCCACCAACACAGACCCGCAAGUACAACAGCAUGCUCAACUGCAACAGCUAGCCGCGAUGGUCUCAGCAGCCACCGCCCAGGCACCAGCCGGGCCAUCCGGACCCCCAGGCCGCGACGGCGUCCCGGGGCGUAAUGGAUAUGAUGGACCAGAUCCCACUCAGAGGGGAAGGCAUGGUCCGGGCGAACAUACAAUCCUGUCAAGGGGAGAGGCAUACGAAUGGUAUAAUUCCGAACUGACGGACCUCGAAAGAGCCGGUCUGUGGACGUACCCCGUCGAACAUGAGUUCGGCUGGUUCCCCACACUCGAGAGACGGUGGAAGACACCAGCGACAGAGGCGAUCAAACAGCUUAUGGAUGGGUAUUAUACGUGGUCCGACGUCCGGAACGGCCGAUCGGCCACCGCAUGGGCUCAGUCUAUGCUGCGAUUGGCACGGGCAGCAGACAUCACUGAUCCGACCCAACAACUACGUAUGGUGUGGACCCGUUUAGAGCCCUACCUACAGCGUGACAUAGACGAACCGGGUCAGGGCACUACGGUUGCUUCCUUCAUUUCCCAGCUGGACAAACGAUUCCCACAACGGCAGAAUAUGAAUACCCGCACCAGGGAACUACGGCAAUCGAGGGCUGCAGCCAGCGACAAGGACCGAGCCCGUCGCUUCGAUCGCGACCGCAGGAAACCCGAAUAUGGUGAACGACGGAGUGACGAUCGCAAGCGCGACACCGACCGAGAUAACAACAUGCGGCCGCGGGACGACAAGCGCGACGACUACCGAGACCGUAAUCCUCGUCAGGAUAAGGAUAGGGACCGGAUAGGGACCGCAACACGAGAGACAGGGAAUCCCCCAGACGAUCCGGAGGAAUUCAUGUCCUACGGCAACGACGAGGAUGACAACAGAGGGUCUGACAGUGCGAAUGAAUACGACGAUCCUGGUCACCCAGACUCUGCGGAGCCUCCUUUUCGGAGGGCGGCCUCCACGAGCACGGCGCUCGCGGGGGGAACCGCGCCUAAUUCCAACAUCUCCGUAUCCUGCUGGCACUGCGAGACAUCAUUCAUCUCCCGCAACAAGUACAUCUCCGAGCCGCCGGCCAUAGCAUCUAGCAGGCGUUGA